AUGCAUCCAUCAAUUUUCGCUGCAGAAUCAUGGACGCUGUAUGCACUCGGGGUGGGUCUGGUUCUUGCGAGACUCAUCUCCCGCCUCUCGACUCUUGGAUCCAUCCGAAAGCUUCAGCUCGACGACUGGACUAUAAUUCUUGCCGUUAUACCCUUCACCGGUAUGGUCUUUUCUGCGAACCAGACCUUCGAUCCAAAUACUUCAGCCAAAGACACAACGCGAAGACUGAAAAUGAGGUUUCUGCUAGAAGAGCUUCAGAUGACAACAGUCUGGCUGAUCAAAGCCUGCCUGCUCAUCCUGUAUCGCCGCAUAUUUCCCGCAACCAGAAGCAGCGCCAAAAGAAGACUGCUACUCUGUAUCUCGGUCUACUGUCUCGCAUCGUACGCACUCACCCAGGCUCUCUUACCACUCUGGUGCAGCCCGAUGCGCAACUACUGGAACCCUUCCACGCAAAACGCGCAGUGCCACACCUACCACCACCACUCCAUCCUCGUCCUCGCAGCAGACACCACGACCAUCCUCCUCGCCUUUGUCCUCCCCAUCGCCUUCAUCCCCACGCCCCGUAAAGCGCUGCAAGCCUCGCUCUUCCUCCUCGGGACUUGCGUCCUCGGCACCAGCAUUCUGGCGCGGUACUACGUACUCGUGCAGCCGCGGUCACCCAUGUACAUACACUGGUACACCGCAGAAGUCACGCUGAUGGUACUCUUUGCGAAUCUGCCGUUCUUGAGUUCGUUGUUCAGCACAGCGGUACGAGCGAGGGGUAGGAGUGUGGCGUUGAGCUCGUGGCCUAGGGAGUAUGUGGGAGCUAGAGAUGGGGAGGGGUUGAGGUGGCAGGUGAGGAAGGGGAGUGCGGCGACGGCGGAGAGUGCAGGCUCGGUGGGGUCGCGUAAGGAGAUGUGGGGGAGUGACGGGCCUGCGCCGCUUUUAGAGAUUGAACAUGAUGGGGUUGUUGCUGAUGUGCCGGCGGUGAUGAUCCGCAGAUUUUCGAUCAGAGAUUCGGUGGAGGAGGUUGAGGUUGGCCGCCGGGAGAGGAGACCGUCGGGUAUGGGCUUACUUCCACCGUUGUCAUGA